AAGGGGGGCCGUGCCCGGCCCAGCCCCACACCUGGCCCAGACUGGCCCGGCCCGCCCCGGCCCCGGCCCCGGCCCCGGCCCCGGCCAGCCGCGGCUCAGCCCUCCCCCUCGCUCCAAGCCCUCCCUCUCGCCCCACGGCGCCGCCUCCGUUCGUUUCAGGCAGCGGCGAAGGGCGAUGCGGCCCCCGCGCCCCGGCGGCCCGUGAGGGCAGCGCUCGGCAGCGAUGGCCUCGGGCUGCCCGGCGGCCUUCGGGGACCCGGGCGAGGUGCGCGAGGGCUUCCUGUGCCCGCUGUGCCUAAAGGAUCUCCAGGCGUUCCGGCAGCUCCAGGCGCACUACGAGGAGCAGCACGCGGGCGAGGACCGGGACGUCAGGGCGCAGCUCCGAAAUCUAGUCCAGAAGGCCAAAAGAGCAAAGAAGAAAUUGCUGAAACGAGAAGGAGAUGACAGAACUGAUUCUGGAUCUCAGGAACGAUAUGAGUCAUUCAGCUAUGGUGGAGUAGAUCCCUACAUGUGGGAGCCCCAGGAAGUAGGUGCUACAAGAAGCCAUCUUUCUGAAUUCAAGAAACACAGAGCAGCCAGGAUUGAUCACUAUGUAGUUGAAGUUAAUAAAUUAAUAAUCAGAUUAGAAAAGCUUACAUCGUUUGACAGAGCAAACACUGAGUCAGCUAAAAUAAGAGCUAUAGAGAAAUCUGUUGUGCCUUGGGUCAGUGAUCAGGAUGUUCCCUUCUGCCCAGACUGUGGCAGUAAGUUCAGUAUCCGAAACCGACGUCACCACUGCCGCCUCUGUGGAUCCAUUAUGUGCAAGAAGUGCAUGGAACUCAUCAGUCUUCCUUUGGCAAGCAAACUCACUAGUGCCAGCAAAGAGGCCUUGGGUUCUCAAACCAGCCCAAACUCCUCACCUAACAGUGUGCACGGCUCCCGCCGUGGCAGCAUCAGCAGCAUCAGCAGUGUAAGCUCCGUGCUGGAUGAGAAGGAUGAUGACCGAAUCCGCUGUUGUCGGCACUGCAAAGACACCCUGUUGAAAAGAGAGCAACAGAUUGAUGAGAAAGAAUACACGCCAGAGAUUGUGAAACUCUAUGAGAAACUCCGACUCUGCAUGGAGAAGGUUGACCAGAAGGCACCAGAAUAUAUAAGGAUGGCAGAAUCACUAAAUGCAGGGGAGACAACCUACAAUCUUGAACAUGCUAAUGACUUGAGAGUGGAGAUCCAAAAAAUAUAUGAAUUUAUAGAUUCCUUAAGUAAGAAGAUUUUGAGUCUAGGCUUGCAUGAAGAUCCUCAACCUCAUCCUAAAACACUACAACUUCAGCGAAUGAUAAGAUAUUCAGCUACACUUUUUGUUCAGGAAAAACUGCUUGGCCUAAUGUCCCUGCCAACCAAGGAUCAGUAUGACGAACUGAAGAAGAGAAGACUGCAUAUGGUCACUCUUGAAACACAGGGAAAACAAGAGGAAAAUCAGAAAGAGUUUAUCUCCAGAUCUGCAGCUGCAGUUAAUGGUGAUGAAACUCACAUGAGAAAAGGAACAGUCAGGAAAUCUGAGGGCUGGUUACCCACAUCUAGCAUCUCAAGAGAGAGUGAGAGAGCAGACCCACUUCUUCAGCAGAUUGACAAUAUCACAUCCUUUAUUGAGCAAGCAAAGGCAGCUAAUAGGAUAGAUGAGGUCCAUAUGUUGCAAGAAAACCUGAUGCAGCUUCAGGAUGAAUAUGAUCAACAACAAACUCUGAAAGCUAUUGAGCUUUCCAAAAAACAGGCAGAAGAGGAAGAGAUGCAAAGGGAGGAACUUCAGGUCCUUUGUGAAAAAGAGUGGGAAAGAGAGCGGCAUAAAUUCAUGUCUCAGCAUUCACGGACACACUCCUUAGACUUCAGAGAAGUCAAGCAGCAUUUGGAUAUUACUCACAUCAAAGGGGACACGAGUUCUGAAACUCCUGCUGUUGAGCAGCUGCCAGCUCAAGAGCAUCUGACCUUCACACUCAAACCCCAGAAUGUCCCACAGUGUGACCUAGACAGAGAUCAGCCAACCUGCCUAAACCCCUUUGAAGAUGAAGCAGAUACCCCUCAGGCAGAGGAAGAUCCUGCUAACCCAUUUGUCAGAGACACCUCUCCAAUGGUUUCUUUCUCUAACACAGCUCUGCAAAGUGAUAAAAAAGAAUAUAAUCCAUUUGAAAGUGAGGAGGAGGAGGAACAAAGUAAUGGAGCACCUGGCAGUACUUCAAACCCUUUUGAAGAGGAUGAAAAUCCGUUUCAAAAGGCUGGUGGGGGCAGUUGGAAUUCAGGGAAUCCAUUUGAAGAGGGAUCCUCUACUAAUCCCUUUGAACUGGAGGAUGGCAGUGAGAUCUCUGGAGAGGAGGUUAUAGAGGAAGAACUGCUUCUCCAACAGAUAGAUAAUAUCAAAGCUUAUAUAUUUGAUGCCAAACAUAGUGGACGACUGGAUGAGGUGGAGGUACUGACAGAGAACUUAAAGGAACUGAAGCACACAUUAGCAAAGCAGAAGGAGAAAUCCAACUGCUGAAGCAGCAACAGGGCUGUGUAAUAAUUCAAUCUGCUGUUAAAUAUGGGAAGGUAAGGCAGAUACUUAUAGGCUGGAGUACAGAUCAUAAGAGGGAAGUGGGAGAAUCCUGACCUUAAAGCACUUUCAUUUAGGCAUUGCCACUACUACACAGUCUUGAAGAAAGAAUGUCUGAGGUAUGCUGCUGGUCUCAAAGGCUUAUACUAGGGAAAUUUAAAACAGCUAACUGGUCUUACCGAAUGCUUAUUUUUGGUCAAAGAGGUUAAGUGCUAAUAGGGAACUAUGAUUUGGAAGUGAUUGGAAUGUUGGUUUGCCUUCUUUCCCCCCUUUCUGUUGUAGUGUUGGCCUUUCCUCUGUUGAUGACCCAGGGUAGCUGAGUUGCUAGUGGUGUUCUGGGAAGUGCAGCUCCAAAGCUGCUGUGAUUCUCCACUGUGCCGAAUGUACAGGCUUGCAGACCAAGCUUGUGCAAUGCUAAUAAGUACGUCAAAGGGAUUUUAAGGCUGAGAAGAACUUUCUGACUGAUCUUAAUAGGAGUAACUUUUUAAUGUGUGCAUAAAGAUGCCCAAGGAAAAUUUGGGUGCUGUCUUUUCAUCACUUCUGGUUUCCCCUUUGCUCUGAGCACCAUGUCAUAGUGCUAUGCUGGCUUCAGACCUGUUCUUUAGGGAGCAAGUGUCUGCUCAUUUCCAGGGAAAGCAGCAUUAGGCCAGCACCACUUCAAACUAUAGUAUAUAAGGGGUGACCCUCCAAUUCCUAAUUAUAUUAUGGAAUCUAUACAUUCCUUUCAAUCCUCUGGGUGACAGAAUGAUCAUGUUUGUUGUAUUUAUGAGACUGGAACCCUUUUUUUUUAGCAUUCAAGGAACAAAAGAUCUUUUUUGUAAUGGAAAUCUGAGGUGCCACUGAACUGGAAUUCCAUGAAAGCUAGGAGAUAAAAGUCUGUGGCUGCAAUAGUACCAAAUGACAAUUUUCUUUCAUGUUAGAUUCCCCUCAGGAAUUUUUGUGAGAAUCAGGCAUGUCUAUCUUUAAGAAGGAACUUCAGAUUGAAGACCUCUUGUCAUCCUGUGGCCUAGGGGGUGACCAGGUGACAGCCAGCACCUGUGCUGCAGGAGGGCUUACAGCUGGACAAGUGCAGGGUCACCUCAGGACUAGGUCAGCCUCUGUCUUUGAGAAAGAUGGAGUUUGAGCUGCUUUGAUUUUUAUCUUUGAAAGGCACAGGUCCAUCCAUCAUCAGGAAUCAGUGUAUGUAGGGGUGGGGAGGAGGAGUCAGUCUAAAGGGUUUCUUUAUUUAAAGCUGAAAUAGAGAAAAAUCAGGCAGAUCACACUGUACAGCACUAAUAGCAAUGGGCUUACUCAGAAGUGUGAAGUUCUCUGGAAUGGGCCGUGUCUUUUAACUAUGUCUCUGAUACUGGUGUAGCUGUAACCCAAGCACUGCAUGAGAUUUGAGAGACACGGAUGAUUCUGCUACCUAAAGGGCAGGAACUCUGGUUUUAUUUUGCUGUAAAUAAGUGGAGAUAGGGACUUGUGGAACUGUUGUUUAAAAAGCCCAAACCACCUAUAUCGUCACUCAAUAGCACUGGUAAGGGAUCAAAACGGAAUAGCCAGUCAAGGACAGCUGAUGUUAUCUCUAGUGUAGCCUGAAUCUGGAGUUGAAAGGUGAACGGAACAGUUUGGUUUAAGACCAUGAAGUUUUUAUGCUGAGGUUUUAUUAGAGCUGAUUGAGUCCAUGAGUGUUAUUUUGCAUCAAGUGCAAAAAAGAACAGAGAAUUCUGAAAGGUCUUAAAACAAACAGAACUCGUGUGCUUGGCACCAGAUUUAUGAAGGCAGCAAAAGCUGUCGAUAAAUAAACAUAAUCCCUGGAAUUGUAUAGUAUAAGGCAGUUAUUGAGGACAGACUUGUUUGCUAGUCAGGAGGAUUGCUCCCUGCACUCUAACCUAAUGCUUUUUUUGAUAUCAACAUGAAAAAAAUGUUUCGGUGGCUUCUGCUUUCACAUUUAAAAGCGACUUUUUUCCUUGUUGCAACUAUCCUGCCUUGUUUGUAUUUUCUGUCUAAUACACUAAUAACUAUUCUUACUGUACGUGUAAUAUAUUAUUUUUACAAGCAGAUAACAGACUAGCAUACCUCAUGAUCUUUGUCAGUGUUAAAUGUGAUAGACUAGAUAGCUGAUACUAAACUCAUCUCCACAGUGCAGAUCUUUGCUGGUGUUGAGACUGCUGAGAGGUUUGCAAGGCACAAGGGAAUGAAGAUGUCUUAAGCAGAAAGCUCAAUAAAUAACUAGCACUGAGUUUUGUUAGAGCUGCAUGCACUACUCUGUAUGGAAACUUUGUAAACAGAUGAAAUAAAACAACAUGUUUAUUUUGU